UUAUAACACCCUCUUUUGGUCCCACAACCAAAAAAAGCCCUUUUUGAUUCAAAUCAAACAAAAGAAAAAUAUGAACAAACUUCUUAAUUACUCUUCCUUCCUCUUGAUCAUCAUCUUAACUUCAAUUUCUCCCGCUUUUUCUCAACCUAAUCAUCAUCUCCUUAAACCCCCAUCAUCACCACCAUUACCACCACCUCCACCACUACCCCCUCUUUCUCCAAAGGAAGCCAUUGAAAUAACUCCACCAAUUCCAACAACAAGUCUCCCAAUUCCAUCUCCACAAUGUAUUCUUCAUCUCUUCAACCAUUCAUUUGCCAAUACUUUUUCACAACCUCCUUUGACCCUCAUUUACUCUCCCCUGUUGAAUUGUUCUCCUCCAUGGAAUCAUGCUGUUCUUCAGUUUUCCGGCGAGGUUUCUGGGAAACAAUCCAGUCGAAUUGCCGGAGUUUGGCUAUCUGGGGUUGAAAUUCUUCGUACGAAUACCCCUGAAUCGGGAUUAAAUGGCAGUUUCUGGAGUUUUAGUAAGGAUAUUACCAGGUAUUCUUCUCUUCUUCAACAGUCUGAUAUUUCUCUUUCGAUGAUGCUUGAGAAUGUUGUUGAUGCUGAAUUCAAUGGGAUUAUUAAUGUUAGUUUGAGUAUUUUGUUUUAUAAAAAUGGGGAUGGUCAAAAUUUUGGGAAUCGGAAAUUAGGGUUAGGGUUUCAGAAAUUGGGUGUUGGUGAUGGGGUUUAUGAUGAACCAGCUGAUUUGGUGAUUCCGAUUGCCAAUGAAGGGAAUAAUGGGUAUUGGUUUCGGAUUGAGGAGGAAUCUGAAGUGGGUUUGAAAAGAAUUCAGAUUCCAAUCAAUACUAAGAGAAUUGUGCUUGAAUUAUAUGUUUCAUUUCAUGGAAAUGAUGAGAUUUGGUAUACAAAUCCACCAAAUGAAUACAUUGAAAUGAACCAUUUGAACAUAACUAGAAGAAAUGGUGCAUCUAGGAAAGUUUAUGUAAAAAUUGAUGGACAAUUAGUGGGUUAUGAGGUUCCAUUUCCGAUCAUCUCUACCAGAGCGAUUAAUCCAUUUUCAUGGGAUCCCAUUGUUGGAAUUGGGGCAUUUGAUUUGCCUUCUUAUGAUUAUGAAUUGACUCCAUUUUUAAGUCUUCUUUUGGAUGGUGAAAGUCAUAGUUUCGAGUUUGGGGUUACGGAUGCCAUCGAUUUUUGGUUGGUUGAUGCAAAUUUGCAUCUUUAUUUGGAUAAGGAAUCGAUCAAAGUCGAGGCGGGUAUUGGUGUUAGCAAGGCGCCUGAAUUUGAAAUCGAGCGAAAGUACAAGUUUAAGCAAUUAGAUGGAUCAUUUGAGAUUGAGAUGGAGAGAAUGUGUCAUUCUUCGGGAUGGGUUAGUUCUAGUUUAGGCAAUUUCACUACGAAUGUUGAUCGAGAAUUGAAAUAUAAGAACUCGAUUAAAUUUGAACAAAAUGGAUCACAGAAGACUGUCGAGCAAGAAGUGAAGGUGAAAACCGAAGUUAGGGUGGUAUCCGAUGCAGGGUUAUUGGUGUCGUUAAGAACUUUCGAAGGCGAGUAUCCACUUAAUGUCGAGAUUUUGACAGUUCCUGGAUUGGAAAAUGAUAUAAGUGUGAUGAGUACAAACAUAAAGCUCGAGUUGAAGGAGAAAUCGUAUGGUGGGAACUCGGAGACGUCGCUUGAGAAUGUUCAAGAGUCGAGUGGUUCGAUGAUUGUAAAAGAUAACUCGGUUGUUUCUGGUACGGCUCAAACUCGUCAGAAACUGAAGUAUAAGGGUCCGUCUGGCUGCUUUUCGAGGACUGCAGAAGCAAAUGGUGGAAAGCUACUUGUCGAUUCAAGCUCUGUUUGCUCGUCUCGGUUUAACAAUAACCAUGAGAAGAUGUUGAGUGCUUUGUAAACCAACUGUACUUGUGAGGUGUGAUUUUGCUUAUGAAUGGAACAUAUCAAAGGUUCUUUUGUAAAAUGGUGGAAAGCUAAUCAAUGAUUUGUUAGCAUGUAGAACUUUAUUCGAAAUUGUUUUUGUUAUGUAAUAAUUUAAAUUUUGUGGAGUUGAGGGAUGAAACAA